AUGUCGAGGGCCGAGAAGUUCGAGGAUGAGAAGAAACGGAUCAUUCAAAGUUGCUUCGCCAGGAAAGACAAUGACGGCUCAUUGGUUGAAUCCUACAUAACACAUGUUCGCAUCUCGGAAGAUGCUGCCUAUCCGUCCACCCCCGCUCCGCCAACAUCACCCCCCGAGAACAAGAAACCACGAGUGAUCAUUGUCGCAGUGAGAAGGUCCGGGCGGGUGCGGAUGCAUAAAGCGAGGGAAAACAACGACGGAACGUUUUCCAUCGGCAAGACGUGGAUGCUGGACGACCUGUCUUCUAUUCAAUCGUACAGUGCCUGGAACCCUACAUCUCCGAUGGAGCAACAGUACAAACAGUGGGCAUCGAAUGUGGGAUUUACGGUCAACGUCGGAAAACCGUAUUACUGGCAUGCGAGAACCUCCAAGGAGAAGGAGUUCUUCAUCGGCAGUCUGGUGAAGAUCUACCGGAAGUAUACCGGAGGCAAAGUGCCGAACCUCAUUGGCUUCGAUGAACGCGAGCGACAAUUACUUGCCGGGGCGCCCCCGUCGGGACCACCGCCCAUGGGUCCGCCUGGCGCAAACGCAAGAGGUCCGGGGCCUGCACGUCCUGAGGUGACUAUUCCACCACCGCGUCCGGUUUCACCGCAGGGCGGUCGGCCUCAGUCGCCUUACUCAAGCCGCGCACAAAGUCGGGACGGUCCCCGUCGAUUGCCCUCCGAAGAACACUCUUUACGAGCCCAGAGAAGUCGCGAGCAAAUGACAAGGCCUUCUACGGGCAAUUCUGGGAGAAGUGGUCCUUCGCCGUUUGCGCCGCCGCAACAUCCAACACCGCCGUUUCCCGUUGACCAACGGAGCCAGCCACCGCCUCGAUCAGCCGACCGUAUGGCCCCUGAGAAUAAAAUGCCAAAGGCGCCUAUGCAUCUACCGCCAGAAUCCGCGAGGGGUAAAGACAUCCCUGGUAGCUUACUAGCCGCAUCGCCCACAGGCCCGCGGGAAAGGCCAAGCGGCGAAUUCGAGGAAAACAAGCCAGUCGCUUCUCAGCCAGACUCCCGGCCGCCGUCGUCCCGCGAUCAAAUGCCUGUGCCUGAACCGAGAUCCAUGCUUCGCUCGCACGAUUCGAGUUCAAGCUCCCCCGAUCCCGGGCGUGGCAAGGACAGUCUCCGGCCAACCACUCCCAAAACACCCGCUGUCGAAAGCCAGAGAGUUACGCAAAGCCCGGGAAGCCACCGGGGUCGUCCUGAGGGUCCACCAAGAUUGCCCCUUUUAGAGACGCAACCUGAGCCUGCGGAUAAACAGUCGGAAUGGUCAUUUGAUUUACCUCCUGCUGCCACUGUCGCUGCAGCUGCAGUGCCACCGGCGUUGAAGCCCGCUUCGCCCGCAAUUAGCAGUGCUCAAGUCACGGCGGAGCCAACUGAUGCUCCAACUUUGGAUAACACUAAAGAACCCGAGCCCAGUGAACCCACGCCAGACAAUGCUCCCGUAUCUCCCCCAUCUCCCCCAUCUAGUCCGCCUGCACCAUCAUCGCCAGAAGGCGAUGGUCCCAUAGGUGCCCAUCGACCCGGUCUUGGCCCCAUGAUCAAGAAAAAGCAAAGCAAGGAUACGGUAGGGGCGUUCCGCAAGCCCGUGACUACCCAGGCCCCUUUCAAACCCAGACCGGGAGGCGCUGGCGAGAGGUUAUUGGCGGCGGCAAAAAGGCAAAAAGCUGAAAUGGACGAGCCGGAUGGAAUCACUGGCGUGGUACCUGCACCAUUCCUGCGGACGAAUCAAGAGUCUGAGAGUGCGGCCACUCCCGAGACGCCGGAGAAAGAAACGUCUGCUCCUGCCCCUGUCCCUGCCACUGCCCCUGAAAUUCCGUCACCGACUACAUCCCCGGCAAACGAACCACCCACUGUUGAAGUGACUCGGCCUGCCGCAGAGGAGGCCCCUGUUGUGCCGGUGUUGGAAGUCCCGGAGGAGCCCAGAGAUACCGCGAGGGCCACAGUCAAAAUGGAUGUCGAUGAAAGGGCCAGAUCCGUGUCCCCUUCGCCCCACGAUCGUCGUCGUAGACGCCACGAAGACAACACGAUCAAAUAUUGUCAGGCACUUGGCAUUGAGGCCGGUGUCCUUGAAGGCCGCGGGGUCGACUUCGAUGACAUUUUGACCGACCUCGGUUGGAACGGGCGAUUGAACGAUGAGAAGAAGAUCGAGGAUCUUGAGGCUGAUAUCCGUCGUGAAAUCGGGCGUGUUGAGGCUACCAGCUGGCUUGGUAACCUUGAACAGCAGGAGGGUAAGGUUGAUCAGCUUGCUAGAUUGAUUGACAGAACUGUUGAGGAGUGUGAAGAGCUGGAUAAUCUUCUUACUCUGUAUUCGCACGAAUUAAACACUCUUCACGAUGAUGUGUCAUACAUCGAGACGCAAUCUCAGGGAUUGCAGGUGCAAACUGCCAACCAGAAACUUCUCCAUAACGAGUUGCAGAAUCUAUUGAAGACUUUGUCUAUCUCUUCGAAUGAUCUGCGGUCGUUGAAGGAGGCGUCUCUGAGCAAUCCAGACGGACUUAGAGACACCGAAAUCGCGUUGGCCACGCUGUACAAAGCCAUGCUCAUGAUUGACUCCAACAUCUGGCAGAAUAAGAGACGUCUCGUGGACAGUGCAGGUGAAGGCAGUGUCGGCGUGUAUGCCGACACAGAAAUUGGGCAGAUGCGUGCCAUCAAAGAGAAGAAAGAAGAAUACCGCUUUCAGUCGCACACCUUCUUGCAGAGGCUCAAGCAAUUCAUGGCAAUCGCCUACAAGGUGGCUGAGCAGAAGAGGGUUGACGCUGCAGCCAAUACCUCUAAGGAUCCUCGGAAGCUCGAUAGUGAGGCCAGAAACUACUUCCGGAGGGAGCUUUGGCUGUACAAUGCUCUGAUGCUGUUUGCGAGAGAAAUUAGCGGGUCGGAGUGGCAUGCUCUCAUCUCACUCUAUGAGCAGCAGGCGAGGCUCCCAUAUCAGAACGAAUUCAGGGACAACAGCCUGGCAUGGAAAAGAGCUGCAAGAAAACCCACGGGCGAAGAACAGGAGCUCCUGUUUACGCAUCAAGAGAAGGAGAAGGAGAAUGAGGGCAUCACAAUGGCAGCCCGCAAACUGACCGUCAGAAGGGGCAAAACCACGAAAGCCGCAGCAGGUCUGCGACUCUCCUAUGGUGACAAGCAACACGGCCGGCUUGAACCUUGCGACGUGUUCGGUGGCACGCUCCAUGAGACUUUGAAUAUGAUUUCGGAGGAGCAGAACUUUAUUCUCCACUACUUCCACUUGAGCUCUCUUUCGAGUGUCGACUUUCCUGACUUGGUUGCCUCGGCGAACCCGGAAAUGCGUCGGCUGCCGGAUUUCAGCGCAAACCAAUCGCACGAUCCCGAUCGAGGAAUGGCAAAGAAGGUCGAGCAGAUCAUGGACGAGCUUUUUGCAUUUUGGCCGACCGAUAUGCAAAACCUGGUGGAUUGGGCUCUCCAUGCCGAUCCUUUGCAGGGAAUUGGGAUCUUGUUCGCCCUGGAAAAAGCCAUCUCGAAGUAUGACGAGACCAACCAAGAUUUUAUCAUCCAUUCCCUUCAGAAGCUGCACUCUCGCCUGAUUGGCCUAUUCAACCGCUUUGUGGAUGAGCAGAUCCGUGGCAUUGAAGACACCAAGGUCAAGGUGAACAAGCGAAAGGGAGUUAUUUCGUUUAUGCGGGUCUUCCCCCAUUUCUCGACGGCCGUGGAGAGCAUGCUCUCCCAACCGACACAAGAGUUCUUCGACAUCCGAAUCAGUGUCAACGAGGCCUACAACCGAAUCAACCAGGCCAUGUGGGAGUCCCUGAAGUUCAUCGCCAAAGAGGCACCGGGGCAACCCACCGGGGCCACCGCCGCGUCAGGCGACCCAGAGGACAAGGAGAUUCUCAACUAUCACAUUCUUCUGAUCGAAAACAUGAAUCAUUACUUCGAGGAGGUGGAUGUUCGCGGCCUUCCCGUGCUAGAAAAAUGGCGCGACCGGGCACAUCAAGAUUUCCGAGAGCACAUGAAGCUGUACUUGGACUCGGUCAUUCACCGACCCUUGGGCAAGCUGCUGGAAUUUGUGGAAUCUGCCGAAGGGAUGAUGGCGGCGACCAACAACCGGACGGACAUUGCCAGCCGUCCCAGCCACUCCCGGUCGGUGGCAAAGAAGGUGUUGGCGACGUACGACAUCAAGGAGAUUCGGCGAGGGAUCGAAUUGCUCAAGAAACGAGUCGAGAAGCACUUCGGAGAUGCCGACGAUCCGGGACUCAGCCGGAGUCUGGUGCUGAAGGUGAUUCGGGCAUGCGAGGGUCGCUACCAGGACGCGCACGACCGGACUCGACGGGUUCUCGCUGCGGUGUACGAGGGGCAGUUGGAGCUGGAGUGGAACAAGGAGGACGUGAUGACGAUGUUCAGGAAGUAG